GUGAUAAAUUAGCUAGUCCAAUAUCUUAGCUCUUAGGGAGAUUUUUGAGAACACUGAGCCUCCACCACACGAACAAAAGCAAGAAAACAUGACCAAACUCAGAAAAUAUUUCUUCUACCAUUAAUCCUCAAUGGCGAUCCCAUGUGCAUCAUCUCUGAAGAUAUUUCCUCUUUCAUCGUUCUCUCGUUGUUUUCCUCCUAAAGCUGAUCAUGAUUCCUCCACCUUUUCUUCAUCACCAUCACCAUAUGUCCCCAAGACUCAUUCUGAAAAGCCUUCCAAACUCAUAAAAAACUCUUUCAACUCCUCCUUUCGCCUUUCAUAUCGAUUCUCUGCUGUAGAAGACGACUAUGAUGAUGAUGACACCAGUGAUAACUGCAGCUUUGACGAAGCUGUCAUGCUCUUCAAUGACAGAGAAUACUAUAAAUGCCAUGACUAUCUUGAAGCUCUCUGGAACAUGGCCCAAGAGCCUACCAGAACUCUUAUUCAUGGUAUUCUACAAUGUGCUGUAGGAUUUCACCACCUCUUUAACCAGAACCAUAAAGGAGCCAUGAUGGAGCUAGGAGAGGGACUCUGUAAGCUAAGAAAGAUGAAUUUUGUGAGUGGACCAUUUCAUCAGUUUGAGCAAGAGAUUUCUGCAGUUCUUGAUUUUAUUUACCAGACCCAGAUUGAAUUAGCUGCCUGCACUGAUGAUCUUUGUCUUACAAUGAAUCGAUCAGAGAGAUCAUACCAACUUCUAGGGGGCUACGGAGCUGGACAACGUCUAUAUAGUCUUCAAAGUGACCCUAAUCAAAUAGUGUACAUUAUGUUCUGCCCCCAGAGGUCUAAUGGUACCAAUAUGGCACCAAGGGUAAAGCUUCCGAUCCUUAAUGCAACCAAAGAACACCUCCUGGCCUUUGAGUAUAGAUGAAUUUAUGCUAAAAGCAAUUAUGUAGUUUUUUGUUUUUUUGAUAACAACAAUUACGUAGUUAUUGUAGAUAUUAGUUGGUUGAAUGGGCUUAAGAUUGGAUCCCACUUGCAAUAAGUUAGAGUUAGGACAUUUUAUACUCUCACAUCUAUUAUUUCACAUCCAUUUUCAUGUUUUAAAAUGCGAACAUUUUCAUAUCAA